AUGAGUGUCUUCAGGCUCCCCAAAUUGCUGUGUCUGGAGAUAAAUGCUAUUAUGGGGAGAUUUUGGUGGGGGCAUAAGGAGAAGGAUUCAAAAAUAGCUUGGAUGGCUUGGAGUGGUUUAGGGAGGAACAAGUUGGAUGGAGGCUUAGGGUACCGGGAUCUGAUUAGUUUUAAUAAUGCUCUCCUUGCAAAUCAAGGAUGGAGAUUAACUAAAUACCCCGAUACCCUUGUAGGCAAAAUUUUUCGGGAAAAAUACUACCCAACAGGGGAUUUUUUGGGCUCAUCUUUGGGUUCUCGUCCAUCAUAUGCGUGGAGGAGUAUUUGGGAGGCUAAACCGCUCUUAAGGGAAGGACUGAUGUGGAGGAUUGGUGAUGGUUCAAAUAUAAGAAUUAGAGAUGAUAAAUGGAUACCCUCAACGCAGACACAUAUGAUUCAAGCUCAGGUGUAG